AUGCCAGCGAAAACAGAGUUUCUUAGAUACGCGAGUCCCAAUGAGAUGCGGACUAUUGCCCGUGAGGAUGUUGGUUACUAUAAUGCAGUCGUCAUUGGUGCAGUCUAUGACUUUGCCGAUGGGAUCAACGUCAAGUCACCUUCGACCUAUUUCCACGCGUUAAAACGCUGCAUUGAAGAACAUCCCUUCUUCUGCGUUACUGUCGGAGACAGAAACACCGACAAGGGCUUCUAUGAGCGGGUGGCUAGCAUCAAUGUCGAGGAGCACAUCAGCUUUGCUGAGGACAAAAAUGCCGAGGCAGACUCACUGGAAGCCAUUGCAAGAUCUAUGGAAACAGAGAUAGACCGUCCCUUUGUCUCUGGAAUUCCACCGUGGAGGAUCGUGAUUCUUCCUCUCUGCCCCUCUCAAUGCCAUGUUGCAUUCUCUUUCUCUCACACCAUUGGCGAUGGCAUCACUGGGGUUGCUUUUCACAAGACGUUUCUCGCAGGACUGAGGGAAACCCCUGCAACUGAACCAUCAUCGAUCAUUGCUCCAACAGAUAAACCUCUCCCUGAACCAUUCGACACAGCGGAAAGGCUGCCAAUCUCAUGGUCAUUUCUACUGGCACCAGUUCUCGCUGAGUACAUGCCAUACUUUCUCGUCCGAUUAUUUGGCCUACGUGUCUCAGCGUCCUUUGUCGACGAAGGUACAUGGACAGCAGCGCCCAUCUUCUUCAACCCUGAGACAUAUCACAACAAACUCAAAAUCCGGCAGAUCGAGGCAUCGCAGGUAAACAAGGUUGUGCAGCUUGCGCGGACUCAUGAUGCGAGGUUGUCAGGAGUCAUGCACCAGCUCAUCACCCGCGCACUGAGCAAGGCAGUCCAGGACAACAACGUCACCAACGUCACCAACUUCGUGGCGCAAACUGCUAUAAAUAUGCGAAGAUCAAUCGGAAUGUCCAAUGACGUGGCGAGUGAUAUUGUGUCCGGUUCCUACACCAUUCAUCUUCGUAGCGCUGCGACAGGUCCUUUGACCGAACAAGAGUGGGCAUCAGCUGCUGAGGCCACCAAGGAGUUCGCCAUGACUUCUACCAAACUCGAGGAUAACGCCAUUGGUCUGCUUCGAUAUGUCCCGAGUAUGAGGAAAUGGACUCUUGGUAAGAUUGGCAAGAAGCGGGAUUCGUCCUACGAGUUCAGCAAUGUUGGCGUCUUUGAUAGCGACAACGCGAAUAACGACAAGGUCAAGGUAUCGAAAAUGACCUUUGCGCAGCCUGGUCACGUUGGAGGUUGCCCCAUAUGUUUCAAUAUCGCCUCUGUAAAGAAUGGCGAUCUGGUGUACACGGUUACGUGGCAGCCCGGAGCAUUGGGGCUUGGUGAUGAGGCGGCAGAGGAGAGGAUAGUGGAGGAGAUAUGCGACCAAGUGCAGCGUGGCUUUAACGAAAUAGCCUAG